AGUAGUGCGUGGGUUGGCAGCGGACGCGCUAGCCUUGGCUACGAGGAAAACUGUUAAAAUAAACUAAAGCCUAAACAAACUAAUUUGCAAAAAACCUGUAUUUCGUGUAAAUUAAAUAGAAUCAGUGAACAAUUAUAUAUGUUUUCGCUAAUCUUUUGGAAUAUGAUGCGGCUUUUAAUCUUCGUUAGCCUUCUGGCUCUCUGCCGGGGGCAAGAGAGCCCUACAUCGGGUGACCUGGACUCAGUCAUCAAACAAAUCUUCGGAGACCCCAACAGCAUGACUACAGCUAACCCCGUAGCUCAAGCGUCCACGUUGGUACCGGGAAUUUCCGAUAAUAACGGUGGCGACAAGAGCUGCAAGUUGGAAGACGGCAGCAUAGGCGAAUGCGUCCGAUACUAUUUAUGUAACGGCAACAACUCUGUCAUCACUGACGGUAUCGGCAUCAUUGAUAUACGUGUACGCGACGGCCCGUGCGCCUCGUACAUGGACACGUGCUGUCUCCCACCAGACACAAGGGAUAUCACUAACCCAAUAACGCCUCCACCCCCCACACAGCCAGAGCGACUGGGCUGCGGCUGGCGCAACACCGAUGGCGUCGGUUUUCGCAUCACUGGCGACAAGGACGGCGAGGCUAAGUUCGGUGAAUUCCCCUGGAUGGUUGCUGUUUUGAAAAUCGAACCUGUGAACGACAACGAGCCCAACGGCCAGAAGCUUAAUGUCUACGUCGGCGGUGGAUCUCUGAUCCAUCCUAGUGUUGUGCUGACAGCAGCGCACUAUGUCGCCGGAGCUAAAGCUCUCAGGGCUAGAGCCGGAGAAUGGGACACCCAAACCACUAAGGAGAUCUAUCCGUACCAGGAUAGGGACGUGGCCAGAAUCGAGGUUCACAAGGACUUUAACAAAGGCAAUCUCUUCUAUGAUAUCGCUUUGCUAUUCCUGGCACAACCCAUGGAUUUGGCACCGAACGUUGGUGUGGUAUGUCUGCCACCACCGCGCGAGAGGGUACCUGGUGGUACUCGAUGCUUUGCUUCCGGUUGGGGCAAGGACAAGUUCGGAAAGGAAGGACGAUACCAGGUUAUCCUCAAAAAGGUGGAAGUGCCGGUUGUCGAACGGUCGAAAUGUCAAACUCAACUACGGAAUACGCGCCUUGGCCACUUCUUCGAACUGCACACGUCGUUCAUGUGCGCUGGCGGGGAAGCUGGCAAAGACACCUGCAAGGGAGACGGCGGCUCACCACUGACCUGCCCUAUUGAGUACGAAAAAGAUCGCUACAUGCAGAGCGGCAUCGUGGCUUGGGGGAUAGGAUGCGGUGAAGACGGAACCCCCGGGGUGUACGUGGACGUCUCCAACCUCCGCAACUGGAUCGACGACAAAGUGGCCGGCGCUGGCUACGAUCCAAUGACCUACGUCAUUUAAUUGCACUUAUUCAUCAACAUAUUCAUCAAACGCACGUCUUUGAAGAAAACCCGCAAAAUUUUAAUUUCGACCUUGCAAAAAGUUAAGGUUGAGGCGGACACAGAAAAACAAGAACAAAAUACUCAAUUGCCCGGAAUAAAUGAUCUUUAAUAAAU